GGCAGUCUCCGGGAUUGGACACAUCGAGGCUCUGGCGCGAACCUCCUGGUGAGGCGGUUGGGCCCCGAGGCCGACGGGCCCAGGGUUUUAUCUCUGACUUACUGUACUGGAGUUUGGCAAAAGCAUCUCAGAAGUGGGUGUGCUUUUUUGAACGAAAUGAUCAAUGGAGCGCUCCAGUUGUAUGCUGGCCCCUGGAUACUAACUAGACCUGCCUGACCCCAGGACUAAGGCUCAGUAUCUGCAGAAGCUUUUUGCCCAUCUCUUUCUGGCUAUGGGGACAACAUGUCUUCACCCAAGAAGGUUAGAGGAAAAACUGGAAGAGAUAAUAAUGAAGAUGAGGAUGACUCAGGUAAACUGAAUCUCCGCAAGUCUUUGCCUUCAUCAAGUCAGAAAAUGAUACCUACAAACCCGAUUUUUGGGACUAAAGUGAAUUCAGAGAAUGUAAAAUCCCACCACUUGUCAUUCUCAAAUAAGUCUGAUCUUGUUUACCCAGCGUCUUUAGAAAGUGACAAUGAUGAGACUAUGUGGGAUCUCAAUGACCUGCCUCUCAGGAGCAGGUGGAGCAGUAUGGAUUCGGAGUCUGCAGGGCCAUCAAAGACUGCCUCCCCAGUGCUUUCUGGUAGUAGUAAGCUCUCAAAGGACACUGAAACAUCUCUCUCUGAAAGGGAGCUAACUCAGUUGGCUCAGAUUCGACCAUUAGUAUUCAACAAUUCUUCACGGUCUGCCAUGAGGGAUUGUUUGAACAUGCUUCAGAAAAAAGAAGAACUUGAUAUCAUCCGUGAGUUUUUGGAGUUAGAACAAAUGACUCUGCCUGAUGACUUCAAUUCUGGGAAUACGCUACAGAACAGAGAUAAGAACAGAUACCGAGAUAUUCUUCCAUAUGAUUCAACACGUGUUCCUCUUGGAAAAAACAAAGACUACAUCAACGCUAGUUAUAUUAGAAUAGUAAAUCAUGAAGAAGAGUAUUUUUAUAUUGCCACUCAAGGACCAUUGCCAGAAACUAUAGAAGACUUUUGGCAAAUGGUUCUGGAAAAUAAUUGUAAUGUUAUUGCUAUGAUAACCAGAGAGAUAGAAUGUGGAGUUAUCAAGUGUUACAGUUACUGGCCCAUUUCUCUGAAGGAGCCUUUGGAAUUCGAACACUUUCGUGUCUUUCUGGAGACCUUUCAUGUAACUCAAUAUUUCACCGUUCGAGUAUUUAAGAUUGUGAAAAAGUCCACAGGAAAGAGCCUAUCUGUAAAACACUUGCAGUUCACCAAAUGGCCAGACCAUGGCACUCCUGCCUCAGCAGAGUUUUUCAUAAAAUAUGUCCGUUAUGUGAGGAAGAGCCACAUUACAGGACCCCUCCUUGUUCACUGCAGCGCUGGUGUAGGCCGAACAGGGGUGUUCAUAUGUGUGGAUGUUGUGUUCUCUGCCAUCGAGAAGAACUACUCUUUCAACAUUAUGAACAUAGUGACCCAGAUGAGAAUGCAGCGCUGUGGCAUGAUUCAGACCAAGGAGCAGUAUCAGUUUUGUUAUGAAAUUGUGCUUGAAGUUCUUCAGAACCUUCUGGCUUUGAAUUAAGAGAGACUUCUGCGCCUGCCACUCGAGGUUACCAAGCAGCUUGGAACCUGACUGUGUGGAAGCGUCUGCGGGCCAUGCAGUUUGCCUUCUGAUUUUUCUCUCUGAAAGUCCCAGAGGGCAGCACUACUGGGCACAGAGUGGACUGUUUCCACUUGAUCUUUCUGGACAAGAGCAAAAUGCCCUCCAUGCCUUCUACGGAACAGAAGUGGCGAGAAACAACCUCGGCUUGGCUGUCUGGUUUGUGGUAUUACAGAGUUUAAUAAAAGACUUAAAUGUG